AUGGGUCAACGAUUUGGCACAGAAAAAGUCGCAAGUUUAUUUUCUCCAAUAGUUGCAAUUUGGUUUACUUCUCUCUCCGUAAUUGGCAUUAUGAAUAUAAACAAAGUUCCAAUAAUCUUGAAAGCUAUCAAUCCUUACUAUGCUAUUAUGUACAUUAAAGAAAGAGGUUUUGGUCAUCUCGAUGGUGUUUUACUAGUAUUCGUUGGAUCUGAAGCAGUGUUUGCGGACCUAGGACAUUUUAAUCGAAGGUCGAUUCAAAUAUCUUUCCCACUAUUUGUUUAUUUUCCUUUGUUAUUGACGUACUUAGGUCAAGGUGCAAGUUUAAUUCUGGACCCUUCAAACUAUAAAACCACAUUUUGGAGUUCUAUUCCUGAUGGUGGCGUUUAUUGGUUUAUACUUAUUAUAGCUACUUUGACUUCAAUUAUUGCUUCUCAAGCUAUGAUUACCGCAACUUUUUCCCUAAUUUAUCAAUCAAUUCAACUGGAUUGCUUUCCAAGAAUCAAAGGCGAGAAUUUAUGGAUUAGCUAUUGCCAUGGUGAUGUUUAUAACGACAAUUCUUGUAUCAAUCUAUUUUUAGUUUCAAAUGCACAAAAAAUAUUAACUGGUGCUUGGCUUACACUAUCUGUAGCAACAUUUUUAUUUAUUAUUAUGGGUUUAUGGAGAUGGGGUACAGUUCAUAAAGUUGAAUAUGAAACUAUUCAGAGUACCAACCUCGGUGAUAUUUUUGAAGUCAUACAUCAUGCAACUCCUCGUUCGAGUAUAGAGGCAAGAUAUAGUGCAGAUUCUACCCUGUUAGCAGAGCGUACUUCUGUUAACUCUUUAGAAGCAACUUUGCAUAGAAAUAUAAGACGACAAUUUGGAAAAAAAUCAAAAUCAAAAAUUCGUAUGUUAGAUAGUGGUAUUUAUAUAAGACGAUUACCGGGUAUUGUCUUAUUCUAUAGUGAUGUCGGUUCUUGUAUUCCACUUUCAUUUACACAUUUUAUAAAUCAUUUCCCUGCUUUACCUCAAAUAAUUAUUUUCAUGUCAGUUCAUCAUGUAGCUAUUCCACAUGUUAGUGAAGUUGAUCGUUUAAUAAUUAGUAAAAUAGGUGAAUAUGAUGGAUGUUAUCAAGUUGUUGCAAGAUAUGGUUACAUGGAAGAUGUUAUACAUGGAGAUGAAUUUAUUACAAAAUUAGUUUUUAAAAUACAACGUCUUGAUAAACAUUUAUCAGAAAAAUUAGAUUUAGAUGAAUUACCUGUUACAUAUAUUUUAGGAAAACAAAUAUUUCAUCCAAAACCUAAUUCUCCUAGAUGGAGAAGAUUAUUUGUUAAUCUUUAUUCAAUUUUAGCUCAUAAUUCAAAAGAACUUUAUAGUAGUUGGUAUAUUCCUUCAGAAAAUUUUAUUGGUGUUGAUGCAAAACCAAAGUCUUAUGUGAUUGGUUUAAAUCGCCGAACUAAAAGUCGACUAGCGACUUUAUAG